UUUCCCAGAAUUCCUGUCAUAACAAUAUGGCGGCGUCCUGCGACAUGCAGCCGUAAAGUUAGCCCGUUAUUUAUAUCUGAGACGUAUGAAGUUAAAUCUUUGUCUGGUUAUUGUAAAACAUUUAUUUACUAGACUGUGUUGAUGGAGAGAGUACAUGAGAUGCUGUUUUUAUCGGUGUUGUCGGGUUUGGUGUGUUCUGCAGUCGGCGCUGAGAUGUCAGGUGUUUUGAACGAUGUGAGGGAUUACACUGAGGGUUACCUGCAGGUUCUGUGGCAGAACAGGUUAUAUGUGUACUCGACUGCUGCUGUUCUCAUUGGAGUCUGGUUUACUGUGAACAUGCUUUUCAAAAAGAAAAAAAUGGUCCAUCCUGUAAGUCCUCCGGCAAGUAAAUCUGUGAAGAAGCAGGAACCAGCUUCUGGAGCUAAAAAAGUCAUCCAUGUUUCUGGGGUCAAAGUCUUUUAUGGAUCACAGACAGGAACAGCAAAGGGGUUUGCAAAAGAACUUGCUGAAGACGUUAUUGCUCAGGGGAUCCAGUGUGAGGUUAUUGAUAUGAAAGAUUUUGACCCGGAAGACAGAUUGGCAGAGGAGUGCACAAGCAAGAUAAUCUGUGUGUUUCUGGUGGCCACAUACACUGAUGGACAGCCCACCGAGAGCGCUGAAUGGUUCUGCAAAUGGCUCCAGGAAGCAUCCACUGACUUCCGAUAUGGGAAAACCUACCUGAAGGGAAUGAGAUAUGCUGUUUUUGGUCUUGGAAACUCGGUUUAUGUCGGCCAUUACAACACAGUCAGUAAGAGCAUAGAUAAGUGGCUGUGGAUGCUGAGCGCCGCUCGGAUCAUGACCAGAGGAGAAGGCGACUGUAAUGUGGUGAAGAGCCGUCAUGGCAGCGUGCAGGCUGACUUCCAGGCCUGGAAAGGGAAAUUCUUGAACCGACUGCAGGCCCUGGCCAAGGGUGAGAAGAAAGCCUGCUCUGGAAACUGCAAGAAGGCCAGCUGCAAGAAUAAGAAGAAACAUAAGGAGGAGGCAGAGGACAAUCACUCGCUCGCUGAGAAGAACAACUCUGAGGAGGAGCUGAUGGAGUCCAGCAGCGAUGAGGAGUCCUCUUCUGAAGAUGAAAAGUCUCAUGGCUCUGUCAUCGACAUGGAGGACCUCGGAAAUGUUAUGAAUCACAUGAAGAAAGCCAAGAGGAUGGAGGAAGAUGAAGAGGACUCCCAAAGAGUGAAGCAGAAUGGGGAGAGGAAGAGCGAGUGUGAGGAGGAGCGCAGAGAGAUGAUCACUCCGGCCUUGAGAGACUCAUUGACUAAACAAGGGUACAAACUAAUAGGGAGCCACUCUGGGGUGAAGCUGUGUCGUUGGACUAAGUCGAUGCUGAGAGGGAGAGGAGGCUGCUAUAAACACACCUUCUAUGGGAUUGAAUCGCACCGCUGUAUGGAGACCACGCCGAGUCUGGCCUGCGCUAACAAAUGUGUUUUCUGCUGGAGACACCACACCAACCCAGUGGGCACUGAGUGGCGCUGGAAAAUGGACCCAGCUGAGAAGAUUAUUCAAGAGGCCAUGGAGAACCACAGGAACAUGAUUCGCCAGUUCAGAGGUGUUCCAGGUGUUCGUCCUGAGCGUUUUGAAGAGGGCCUCACCGUGAAGCACUGUGCUCUGUCUCUGGUGGGUGAACCGAUUAUGUAUCCUGAGAUCAACUCCUUCCUUAAACUACUCCACCAGCAGAACAUAUCCAGCUUUUUGGUCACCAACGCCCAAUUUCCUGAAGAGAUCAGGAGUCUCGUGCCUGUUACUCAACUUUAUGUCAGCGUUGAUGCCAGCACCAAGGACAGUCUGAAGAAAAUCGACCGUCCCCUCUUCAAAGACUUCUGGCAGCGCUUCUUGGACAGUCUCAGAGCUCUCGGUGAAAAGCAACAGCGUACGGUCUACAGACUGACCCUGGUGAAGGCCUGGAAUGUGGAUGAGCUGAAGGCCUACGCGGAUCUCAUCGCCCUUGGCCAGCCAGAUUUCAUCGAGGUCAAGGGAGUGACGUAUUGUGGCGAGAGCUCAGCCAGUAGCCUGACCAUGGCCAAUGUACCCUGGCAUGAGGAGGUCAUCUACUUCGUGCAGCAACUAGCCAACCUGCUGCCAGACUAUGAAAUUGCCUGCGAACACGAGCAUUCCAACUGUCUGUUACUCGCAAACCACAAGUUCAAAGUUGAUGGAGAGUGGUGGACAUGGAUUGACUAUGAGCGCUUUCAGGAGCUCAUUCAGCAAUAUGAAGAGAGCGGAGGCACCAAGAACUUCUCAGCAAUGGACUAUAUGGCUAAGACCCCAAGCUGGGCCGUUUUUGGGGCCGGAGAGAGGGGUUUUGACCCCACAGACACACGCUUCCAGAGAAAGAACAAGACCAAAGAUAUAUCAGGGUGUUGACAAUACCGUUGCCUUCCUAGUUUAUGUCUGUAUAGGAAUGUGUAUUUUUAAUGUUCGGGAUAGAUCAGCUGAUCGACAGUGUCCACAAUUAAGAUUUAUGUUUUUAUUACUUUAUCCAACGUUCGCUUUUGUGCUCUGAGACUGGCCUUAGGGAUGCAUUUCAUGCAAAUGUAAAAGUAAUCUCUUGCAGACUCUCUUUUUCAUGUCGUUUUAAUGGAUGUUAACUUUUGUUUUUGGUUGUAACCAUGCUAAUAAACAAUUUAAUUUCCAA